CAGUCAGUUCAAUAAUUGCAAUCGCAGAGAAAGGUCGAUCGUUCCACUGCUCUCCGUAUGCGACUGCAACUGAGUUGGUGUUGUUGUUCGACAUUUCCCCUCGAAUCUUUUUAUUUAGUUUCAUAUAAUCACGUCGUUUUGAAUUUAAUUUAUGUCCAAUCGAGCAUUUAAUCAACAAUAUUCAAUGGACGCCUGUAUUGUGAUGAAAGCGUUACCGGAUUUCUCUCAAAUUUCCAACUCGCCUUUUCUUGAAUAUGAACGAGAAAUGUCGAGCAUACGAUCGCACUUUGAUUACGAGGAUCCUGUGGGUCCUGCCCAUAAAGAAGCUACGACUGAAGUUUACCCCGACCAGCCAAACAGCAACGUUGGCGUUGCCAGUAAAACAAGUGACAACAACAAGAGUAAGAGUCCCUUGGUUUGGGGAGAGGAUAUCACUUUCCUGGAUCGUCGACAGAGAGAAAACAGAUCGGGCGAAGCCGAGACCGGUACCCAAUACAUUAGUCUCAAUGGCUUCAGUUUCUUUCCCAAAGACGAAGAAACGGAGGAUUUGAACGACAUUUGCUCCUCGUUGGAAUUGGUCGAUCAGGGAUUGGUCGAAGCCCAUCCGUGUACGGUGGAUGAAAUUUACCAGUCGACCGUCGAGACCCAUCUCGCCCAAGAUAAUAUUCCCGUGGCCGGCCGUGUGGGCCUUCGCCGGACUCGCAACGCCUCGCAACGUGUCUCUCUAGUCCUCAGUGAAGAUGACAAUUCGUUCUGCAGCCAGUCGGAGAACGUCAACAAAAGCGGUCGCAAACGUCACAUGUCGGCGCAAAGUGUGAUGAGUGGCGGCAGUUACGACGAUGCGGACGACAGCCCCUACAAUAACAACAGCAACGGACGGAAAAAGAGACGUCGCUACGAGGAAAAUCCUUCGGAGGAUCCUGCGUUCGAGAAGAGUCGUAAGAAUGCCAUUAUCGCCAAAAGGAAUCGUGAAAAGAAGAAGGCUCUCAUGGAUGAAAUGGAAAAACAAUGCGAUAAGCUAACCAAAGAUAACACCCAUCUGGAAUCCGAUAAUGGAAAGCUGCGCCAUCGCGUCACGACACUGGAAGAGGAAGUUUACUACCUCAAAAGUGUUCUGGCCAAUGAUAGCUCGUUAUCAACCGUUUUGUCCGGUCUGAAGAGCAUUGGCAAUCUACGAUUUACAAGUAACCUGGAUCCGUCGAAAUACAAUAGAAAGCCAGUCGCAUCUUCAUCCACCGGCCAGCAGAAAAGAUCCGGAGGGAUUUGCGUCCACCUUGACAGACAUCAACGCAUCUCCGUGGAAAAGUGUUCCGAGUGUUCCAUUGACAGGAAUAACGACGCUUGCCUCGAUGGUUUGUAGAGCUCAGCGGCUCCAUCGAAUUGGAUUGGAUCCUGAAUGUCCGUUAGAUGUUUAAAUUUUUUUUUUUUUAUUACCGCUUAACACAGCACAUCAUUAUAAAGGUUACAUAAUACAAAAAGGAAAAUUCUCAUAGU